AUGGCGUCUCCCGUGGGCAUGAUCAACUUGGGGGCUUCGUGCUACAUCAAUGCCGGGUUGCAGGCCAUGUUUGCGGUCCCGGAGAUUUGCCGAGUCGUUCGGGACGCGGUCGACGACGAGCUCGCCUGUCGACUGGCUCGGGUCCUGGAGGCUUGUGUGCCGGAGGAUGGGCCGAUGGUUCCUCGUCCCAUCACCGACGUCUUCUACAACGGACGACAGGAGGAUGCCAUGGGCUUCGUCGAGCAGCUGCUGUGGUCGUGUGGGGAGUUGUCUGCGUGCGUGAGAGGAGCCGAGCAUCCUCGCCUGCGCUGUCGUCAUUGCGGCUGGGAACGACCGACGGCCAGGUCGAACUUUCAGUGCCUCCAGUUGGCCAUGCCGUCGGCCGAGUACAUGCCUGGCACCACACAGGACCUGCUCGACCUGCAUCUCAAUCAGCCGACGGCCUUGGACGUCCGGGUGGAGGACUGGUGCUGUUUGCGGGAAGCUUGUUUGGAUGCCGGUCGUCAUGACGAUCCGCCUCUGCACGUGAACUACGUGGAGGCUUGGCCGCGGGUGCUGCUGCUCCAGCUGAAGCGCUGGGACGAGUUCGGCCGGGCCCGACGUGAUCUGGUGCGCUGCAGCCAUCGCCUCGAGGCGGGCGAUCGAGUCUACGAGCUCGUGGCGGCGGUCUCCCACAUCGGCGAGCACGCGGAGUCCGGCCACUACAUCGCCUACGUGCGCGGAGGAGAUCGAUGGUACGUGGCCAACGACUCCAGCGUCGACGAGAUCACGCCGUGCGACAUGUUCCGGACCUACCCCGACGAGAAGUCUUACAUGGCCUUCUACGUGGCGAUGGUUGCGGUGCCCCCGGAGGAGCCGCCCGUGACUGACGUCCUCGUGGAGACCGAUGCUGUCGAGGGCACGGGCGGCAUCGGCGUCAAGCGCAAACGCCAGGAGGAGAGCGAGACGGGCGACGGCGGCGGCGGCUUUCGCAGGAGGUUGUCCAGCGGAUGCAGUAUGGCAGGCGGGCCCAUCGAUUUGGAUGCUCACACGGGAAGCGAAGAAGGGCUCUCGAAGACCACGGAGAACAGUCAACAGCGGUCCGAUGACGGGUCGGAUGCCACCGAGGCCGCCGAGCGACGCGCCAGCUUCGUGCAGAACAACACGCAGGAGGAGCGCGAGGAGAUCGCGCGGGUGUUGCGGGGCAGCCUCAGCCUGGCCGCCGCGAUGGAGACCUUGUCCAAGACCGUGCCGAAAGUGGACACGAAGAACGCGGCGGCGCCGGCCUACCUGAGCCGGUUCACUCUACGAAAGUGGUUCGAGCAUCCGGAGCGUCUGAUGAGGACUCUGGCUCGUGCGCGCGUCCCGCCAUCGCCCGGCUCCGGGCGUCGCCGUGCGGCUCCGGAGGGAAGCGUCCGCAGACAGCUGUCGGAGGAGAGUCGAGACAUCAUCGGGCGUGCCGCGGACAGCUCCGCAUCCCUGACCGAGUUCGCGCAGAACCUAGCCAUCAGCUUGCCCGGGUUCAGUCAGACCGACGAGAACGCUGCCAUGUACGUGCCUCGCACCACUGUGAGGAACUGGUUCUUUCGGAAGACGGUGAAGUCGUGGUUCCAGGAGUCCGACGAGGACGAGACGUGGGAGAAGGAGAGGGAGAACGUGUUCGGCGUCCUUUCGGAGAAGCCCGGCAAGCGGAAGCUUCCGCAGAUGGCCUCGACGGACUCCGACGGGACGUGGCUGCGGCGAAGGUCCUGGACAUACUGCUCGGCAUGUGGGCGGCGGCGGCCACGCACGGAGGUGCAUGGCCAGCACGCGAACGUGGAUGCCGUGGCCUGUGCCCCGGCCUGCGACGUGGACGCCUGGGAUCUGCUGGAUCCUCCUCGCACUGCUCCGAAAACCGGAAAGCUAUUCGCCUACGUCACGCCCGUGGUCGAUCAUUGGCGGGCGCUGUGCGAUGCCGUCGACGGCGGCCAGCUGCCUCUGCGCCUGAAUCGAUGGGAGCUCGAGGACCUCGCCGUUGCCGACAUCAAGGUGGAUUACCGGUCCCGCGCGGGUGGCAAGUCGGACGUCUACAGCAAGCAGAAGCGAUCCGUGGUUCGGUGUCUCUGGCGAGCUCGGUGCUUGUAUGAUCUUCCUCGAGGCGAGGCGGCGGACGCGGUCUUUCGCUGGCUGAUGGAGAACAACAGCACGUAUCGUGCGUUCGUGGAAUCCCACACGCGCCUGGUUCGGGACAACGCCGGGAAGGCUGGCGACUGGCGCGAGGUGCCCACGGCAGAGCUCCUCCUGUCGAGGCCGGGCAUGGAAGUCGCCGUGCGACCCUGGCUCUACCCCCUGGCCAGCAUGGCCGACACGGACGCGCGCGAGCGUCUCGGUGCGCUGGGGUGGCUGAAGCCCGGCAGCAAGCCCAGUAUUAGGACGUCGAUGAUGCGAAAGAUCACAAGCCGCUGCCUGGAUUACGCCCGGGACUUUCCCCUGCAGUGCCUGAUAUACGACACGUGCAUGGCUCGAACGAUCUCCUCCGUCGUCAACAUUGCAGAGUCGAAGAAGGUGUCUCCCGAACAGAUCGCAUCCGACAUGGACACCUUUCAGGUGUACUGGCAGCAGCAGGUGGAGAAGAUGGAGGACAUCUGUCGGCAGGAGGCCGGGGCCAGCGGACGUGUCGAGGAUGGGUUGCCGACGGUGUUCUUCACCAUCUCGCCGGCCGAGUGGAGGUACGUGUUGCACGAGGGCAUGUUUCCCGAAGGCGACCUCAGCGACCAGCAGAGCCUGCUGACCUUGCAUCUGUACCACACGCUCGAGGCCAUGCUGGGACUGCACCUCUUCAAGGAAGGUGUCAGCCUGGCUCGGGUCGGCAUUGCGAAAGUCCGGCAGUGGUCCCUGCGUUACGAGUUUCAGUCACGAGGCACUCUACACGUGCACUGUCUGCUGUGGGCGGACUUGCUUCCUGGCUGGACGGCGGAGAACGUCACUGCGAGGACGGGUGGCAAGGAGAGGUCGGCGUUCUUGAUCCUGCUGGAGGAGCUGUUUCGCUCUCGAGCCGACGUACAGUGUGGCGACGGUCAUCACCUCUUGCUCCAAUACGUGGCCGGGUACGUCAGCAAGGCCUCCGAUGCGCUGACCUUCAGGUCGAAGCAGGCGCAACAUGACGGCGACGGAUCUCGUUGGCGCCAGGUGUAUCGACUGCUCUGCAAGAAGUCGCCGCUGGAGCAGGAGAUGGUCAUGGAGAUGGCCGGCCUGUCGAUGGCAAAGCAUUCCUUCACGGGCGUGUCGUUGUUCCCUCCGAUACCUGGCAGCAAAGCCGUCAACGAGUCCCGGGCGCACUACAACGCCUUCCAGCAGUUCCUGCACCGUGGCGCGGUCGUGGACGGGGCCGCCACCAGCAUGUCUUACAUGCAGUGGCUCCGCAUGUUUCGCGUGGUGACGACGGAUGGGAAGUCUGUGGUUCGACCCAGGAACGUGGCCGGACCGGGUCGAAACAAGAGCUGUGGCAUAGGAAUUCGCUUUCCCUUCGAGCUGCUGGACAUCUUCGUGGGCGCCUGGGCGGCGUGCUUCCUCGAGAACAUGCUCGAAGCUCGCCUGCGGCCGAGCACGGAGGAGGACGAUGCUUACCCGGCCGGCUUCGACUUCGAGAAAGCUCGCAGGCGCCUCUUUCGAGCUCCCGAGGGUUGCGAGCACCUCAAGGCCGUGCUCUGUCUCGACGAGUUCCAACGUCGGGGGGCUCCGCCCGGAACGUUCGCCCCGGACACGGGCAGGCUGAUAGCCGCCAUCGAGGGCGACCUGAUGUUGCGUGGGCUCAGCGUGGAUCGCAUCGUCACCUUCAAGGCGAGAAUCAACGCAUGCUCCCUGCUGCUGCAGGGCAUCCGGGACGGCCGGCAGGAUCCGUCGAUUUGGUCCGCUAGACGCCCGGCCGGGCUCCCGCAGAGGCAGUGGUCGCCCGAGCAGGCGCAGGUUCUGGGCUGCAUCAGGGAGGGCCUGCGUGUAGGCGAUGCCGGUGUCAUGGCAGACUCCAGACGAGUCCUGCGCGUUACCGGCGGGCCGGGCACGGGCAAGACGGAGGUGGUCAUCGGAGCGGUUCAGGCGGCGCUCGAGGACGGUUGCCGGGUACUGGUGGCUGGACCGAUCGGCCUGCUCAUGUCCAUGUACAAGCUGCGGCUGCCUCCCAACGAGAAUCUGGUCAUGGAGACGAUCCACGCAGCCUUCAAGGUCGUGCGGGAUGCGGACGCACAGUACAUUCCUCCGGGAAGGCUGCGAACUUUCGACCUUAUCAUCCUGGACGAGGUCAGUCAGAUCGAUGCAGCGGUGUGGAACUGUCUCAAGAUCGCCUUGGGGGAGCUGAGGCCGUUGCCGUUCAUCGUCUUCGUCGGGGAUUUCCAGCAGCUGCAGCCUAUAGUGGGGCGACCGCUGCUGCAGCAGAACCUGGAGCAGCAGGUUCGGGAUGGCACCGUCUUCGCGGUGGAGCUGCGACAGCACGAAGCCGCCCGUUCUGCCGAUCCCGUGAUGCUCGACUUCCUGCAGCGAGCCAGAGUCCGCCAGCCGAGCAGGGACGCCCUUGGAAGGUUUUUCGCGGGCAGGAUCUGGCCGUCGGACCUCAACCUGGCGACCGCCAAGGCCAAGGAGCUGGAGGCCUCCGAAGGCGGCAGCUUCACCUUCCUCACCGUGACGAAUAAGGGAGCCCAGGACAUUAACAUGGCGUGCCUGGCUCGUGAUUACCCGGAACAGUACCGGGAACUGCGGAGCGGCGGUGGCGUGCCGGGCCAGACGGGGCACGUCGUCGUGUCGCCCGGCAUGAGGCUGCGGCUGACGCACAACGUGGACAAAGACAGGGGCUUCGUCAACGGUGCCAUGGGCGUGGUCCAGGAGGUUCUUCGGAAGGACGUCUUCGUCCUCAUGACAGGGCAGCAGGUGCCCGUCUUGGUGCACCCCAUCACGUACAAGGGCAAUAAGUAUUUGCCGGUUUCCUAUGGCUGGGCGACCACCAUUCGGCGGGUGCAGGGCGCCACACUGGACAAGGUCGUGCUGUACUUCAACCGGCAUCUGGCGGAUCGCGGCUACGCCUACGUGGGGGCUUCUCGUGCCAGGAGAGCCGUGGAUGUGUAUCUCAUGGGGCGAAUUCGGCGAACGGACUGGCUGGCUGUCAACUCCGACCAGGCCGACGAGCAGACGGUUCUCUCGGCGCUCAGCGAUAGCUCCGCCUCCGACGACGACUACUUCCCGUCGGACCCGGAAGCGGACUCCUCCGACCCCGAGCCGGCCGACUCCGACUUCGAUCCCUGCUCCGAAUCUGAGUCGGAGUGA